AUGGCUGUGUCGCAUCAGUGGUUCGUACAGUGGUCCGCGCCUCCGUUGCUUUUAACAGAUAUAUCUAGUCGUUACAAUAACGUGAAUGAACGUUGGAAAACUGAAAACCCUCAAUGGAGUGGUGAUUGGGGGAUUCCGGAGCAAAGUGAUGACAAAGUGAAAUAUUAUUCUAAUCGUGAUAAUUAUAUAGAACAUAAUAAAUAUGGGAGAGUCAAUAAUAGAUUCAAGAAUGAUGACCGUAACGGGGCAAAGGGCAUUACAUUAUGGCUGGCAAUGCUCGGUAUAGCGAGUACGCAGACUAUUCCAGCCGAUAUUGACACACCACCAUUCAACACGCUGUAUAAAUGGAAGGAGGUAGAUUUUGACUUCCCUUCUCCAAGACUCCGUAAAAUGGCUCUUGCGUCUCGAAAGUAUGUCCCGGCCAACGUUCUACCAUUGGGUCUAGAAGUAUGGGGCUCCCGCGUAUGGGUUACUAUCCCAUCAUGGAGACACGGCGUCCCUGCUACUUUAGCGACAGUCUCUCGUGCUGGAGGGGAGACAUCACCUUUACUAAAACCGUACCCAGAUUGGUCAUUCCAUAGACUAUUUAGUAAUUCGAAAAACUGUUCUGGAUUAACAUCUGUUUUUCGGCUAAGUGCGGACACUUGCGGAAGACUUUGGGUUUUAGACUCAGGACAAAUAGACUCUCAAGAUGAUCCUAAGCAGCUAUGUCCACCGAGCAUAGUUGUAUUUGAUCUUACCACGGAUAAACUGAUCGCACGAUAUCCGAUCCCAGACAAAUAUGUCCUAGAAAGUUCAUUAUUUGCUAACUUGAUAAUAGACACAAGAACGAAAUAUUGUUCUGAUCUCCAUAUUUACAUUGCGGAUACAUGGCGUUUUGGUCUACUCGUAUUUCGAGAACGUGACCAACGAUUUUGGAGAUUUUCUCAUCCUUAUUUCUACCCAGAUCCAUUAGCUUCUAAUUUCACUCUCCAUGGAUUCAAUUUUCAAUGGACAGAUGGUAUUUUUGGGUUAGCUCUGACGCCGCUUGACGCUUUUAGAGAACGGAUUUUAAUAUUUCACCCUAUGUCUAGUUACAGAGAAUUUUACGUCUCAACGAAAGUAUUGCGCGAUCCAUCACUUGUCAACAGUAGCGCAAUAGAAUUUAAUUUACUCGGGGAGAGCCGAGGAUUGCUCGGUCAAUCUUCGGCUUCUGCUAUGGAUAGACGCGGUAUAAUGUAUUACGGGUUAGUGACCCAGGAUAGUAUUGGAUGUUGGAAUAUAAACGAACCGUAUCAAAAGCAUAAAUUAGGAGUAGUUGCACAAAACUCAGAGACGUUAAUAUUUCCAAAUGAUAUAAAAGUGGACCAAGAAGUUAAACAAAAUGUUUGGGUGAUAUCUAAUCGACUGCCAAUAUACCAGGCAGGACCAUUGGACUCGAACGAUUACAACUAUCGCAUAAUGUAUGCAGAUAUAGAGGAAGCAGUACGAGGAUCUGUUUGUGACCCUAAUGCAGAUUUAUCAGAUUGA